UAUGUGUCCUUUUACCAAAAAUAGUCAAGUUUUAGAAAAACUAAAAGAACAACUGGUUUACAUCUUUCAACAUGUUGAAAACCAACGAAAUUUGUGUUGAUUCACCAUUAAUCAUCAUUUAAAGAAAAGUAAUCAAAAGACUGAAAUUUCAUUUAUAUGGAGAAUGUGUAACUAUGAGUACAAGCUAUAAAUAAAGAUAAAUUAGCAUUUUGUGAAUUGAAAGAUGUGUGUUGUAGUGUUGUGGCUCCAGCAUGACUCCGGCAGCUGUUGCUCCGGUGACCAGCGUGGGAACUAUGAAGGAAAUAUUAUUUGCUCAGCGUCUUGCUGACAACGAGAAAAAAGUUAGAGAUAAAGCUCUUAAGAAGCUUAAAACAUAUUUGUCGGUUAAAUCGAGUGGUGGACGCGGGCUUUCUGAUGAUGAUGCUUUAAAGAUUUGGAAAGGACUUUUCUACUGCAUGUAUAUGGCUGACAAACCUCUCAUCCAGGAGGAUUUAGCAGAGGAGAUAAGCAGCAUCUUCAGCAUAAUCAACAACAGAGAUGAUUGUCGUAGUUUCAUCAAGGCAGCCUUUACCACAUUUGCUCGUGAAUGGAAUGGAAUUGACGUAUUUCGUAUUGACAAAUUUAUGAUGUUUGUGAGAAGGGUGUUGCGUCAGGUCUUCGUUUAUUUACGAAAUUGUGAGUGGGACAUGAAAGAAAUAUUGUCAUUUACUACAAUCCUAGAAGUGACUGUGGUAUGUCCCGAGGAUGAUGUAAAUGCUACCCCAUUGGGACUUAAAUUUCAUGUCUGUGACAUCAUUCUUGAAGAGCUAGCAAAGAUUGGAGGAGAGGCUCUUGAUAACCGAGUCAUAAUAGCCAUUUUGAAGCCAUAUUUCAAGGUUCUAGCCUUGACAAGCCAAUAUGUGUACUUCAAAAGUGUCAGCGAAGGAAUAGUUCGCCAUCUGAUGCGCCAAAGUAGUCUGGGAGUCAAGCAUGAGGAUGGUCAGGCAAAAGCUAACACAGAAAAUGAAGGAGAUGAAGAAAUGGCUGAUAGAGAGUCAGAGGAUGGAAGUGAAGAUGAGAUUCUUGAUCCCAGAGCAGGACAAGUGGAUGCCUGUAUACCUCAACUCAGACCAGAUUUUAAUUUGUUAGCUGAUUCUCUUCAAAGCAUAGGAGCAGUUUCAAAGGUACGCAAAGCAAAUCGUCAACGAAUCUUCAAGUUGGUAAAUGAAUUGCGGGAUGUUGCACAAGGAUUUUAUCCUUUAGCUGCCCCAAGAGAUAAUGUGGGUAAUAACCUCGAGGUUUCUGACAGUGAAGUGGAAAAGGCAGCUGAAAGGUUGCAGAAAUUUAAUGAGGAUUUAUGUAAGGGAAAUAUAAUCAAAGCUGAGAAUGAGGACAAAUACCCAGUACCAUUGAAAUCAGUAUCUUUUAAAAAGAAACUUUCAAAGAAAACAAAGCUUCGACUUGCCAAGAAAGGUAGAAAUCCUAAAAACAAAGGUCUCUCCAAAAAGGAAAAGCGGAGGUUGGACAAGCAUCAGAAAAAAAUAGCAUUGAAGAGAAAGCUAGCUGUAGAAAAUAAAUUACAGCUUGUUGCUGCAUUGUCUGGCUUAUCUCGUAAUAAACCUUCAAAUAAACCUUCUACCCUUGAAAGCAAAGUAUCCAAGGGAAUAAAUGGUUUUCAAGUAUGUCCUGCGAUUCAGAAGACCAAGAAAGCAAAUAGUACUUCGCAAGGUGAUACAAGUGGCUUCAUCAUAGAAUCUACAAAAUCAGUACAUUGUGGGAAAAAAAGAAAACUAUUGGAAAGAACAGAGAAACUAGUUAAAAAGAAAAAAAAUUCAUUUGCUGUCUCUGAUUUUAUAUCACCAUUGAAAGCAGUGUCUUCUAAUAUUCAAGAAACUACUGAAGAAAAAAUAAACAAAGUUGUAAUAAACCCAUUGGUUGAUGAUACAAAAGAAGCAGAAAAUGGUAAAAAUUUUAAAAGUUCAGGUAGUGAAGUGUGCAGUACUGUAAGCAAAACUAAAAUCUCUUAUGACAAACAUUCAGGUUCUGACAUUUCACAUAAGAGUGAUAAUUGUGAAAAGCCAUUAUCCAGUAGUAAGAGUGACAUUGUGAGUUGUGGUACUAAUAACGGAUUGGUUGUCUCUGGCACCAGUGAGAAAACAGUAGCCUCUGAUUCUAAUAAGAAGGCAUUAACACCCAUUGAAUCCAUGAAUAAUAGCUCAGAGCUAGUAUUAAAUUUUUCAAGCAAUUAUAAACAAAGGGGAUUUGAAAGUGAUGGAGGAAUCAAUAAGAAAUCGCCAUGGGAUGAGCCACUGAAGAAAGGGGAGAUUGAAAUCUUUAUCAAAAGCAAGCGUCAGAUUAAAAAGGAAAAAAAGAACAAAGUUUGGAGAGUUUCACCUCUUCAAGGGGAGCUCCUUGAUGUGGCCAAAGAGGCUCUUGGUCUAAGGAAUUGA